AUGGCACUGCGGUGGUCGGACGACGUCGAUGAGCGACGGAAGAGGAAGCAGAGGUUGCGGCGACUCCUUUUGACAGCUUGUCAGGCGUUGGGGAAGACUGGGAAGGCUUGGCGACGGCGGGGCUUCAACGGCGAGCUUUGGUGGCCUAUGGAGCUGCGAGCGAUGGUUGGAGCUCGACGACGAAUGAUCGAGGACGUCGAUGCACGAACGGAGAGCACCGGCGGAAGUUCAGACGGCGUCGGGAAGGCUCUGCGCGACUUGUCGACGGCAGCGGGGUCCAGAAAAAGGAAAGCAGCUACUCCAGUUAACUUUUCAAUGCGAUUGAGAUCAAGAAAGGAAGAGGUUGUUCUUCUGGAUGGAGACACCACCACCACGCCCCAUCCAGAAUCUGCUGAAGAAACAUCCAAUAACUGGGAUGCAGAGAAGCUAUACUAUCCUUCGAGGGAACACCCUAAUUCUGUUGAGAUUUCUUAUGAUGACAUAAGAUGUCUCCACCCUGAAUCAUUGCUGUCAUCACCUAUAAUGAACUUCUACAUUAUGUAUCUACAGGAACCAAUGUCACCAAUUAUUAGACCAAGAGGCAAGUAUCACAUUUUCAACACAUACUUCUUUAGCAAACUAGAAGCCCUGACAUCAAAGGAGGACAAAACCACUUAUUUUUUGAAGUUGAGAAGAUGGUGGAGGGGUGUAGAUAUAUUUCAUAAGGCAUAUAUAUUGUUGCCUCUGCAUGCAGAAUUCCUUAAGGAAGAAUGGAACUACCUGAAUGAAUAUGUUUCUUUAGAAGAAUUUCCCUUACGAGAAACGGUGUGGAAGAACCUUCCUCGUAAAAUUGAGAAGAAAACAAUCGAGGUGCCACAGCAAGAAAAUGAUUAUGAUUGUGGCCUGUUUGUGCUGUACUAUAUGCAGCGCUUUAUUCAGGAGGCACCUGAAAGGCUUCAGAAGAAAGACCUUUCUAUGUUUGGCAAAGGGUGGUUCCGUUCGGAAGAGCCAUCUCAUCUUAGACAUGAAAUUCGCCAUUUACUUUGCUCGUGUGGGGAAGCUGAAUCUAAGAAUGAUGCGACGGAGCUGCUGUGUGGGGAAGCUGAAUCUAAGAGCGAUGCCACUGAGCUAACAACGUCUAAGCACCUGUCAGGCAGUUGACGUUGCAGUUACAAAAGUUUCUGCUUCUUUUGAAGAAACAUGUAAAAGUGAUUAAUGCUGCCACAACAUGCUAACAGCUGACUCUGAUUUUGUUGUAGAGAGGACAGAUCGCAGCUAUGGACAUUGUAAUCGCCAGGUUGUUGGC